AUGUGCAAGCGGAAUAAAAUCUUUACUUUCAAAUGGAUUGUUCAGAUUUCAGUUAGAAAGGAAAGUAUUCCAAGUGUUAGAGAAGAUUUUCUCAUCAAAUUUAAUGGACUUCCCACUCCAUCCCAUUCUCCAGCUCCUUGUGCUUCCCAUCUUGGUACAAGGAUCAGACUAGGGUUAUGGAUUUGGGGGAGGAAGACCAGCACAGGUUCUCCACACAGGAUAAAGCACAAAAAUAAGGAGACAGCUGUAUUAGGAGGAAAUGUGACAAUUUUCUGCAAUCUAACAACUCCAGCAGAUGUUGUACAAAUUACCUGGCAAAAGGUCCAAGAUUCUUUGCCACAAAAUAUUGGCACAUAUAGCAGUAAAUAUGGAGAAAAGAUUCUUCCACCAUACAUAGAUCGACUGCACUGCAAGGCCAUCGAACCCAAUUCCUCAUUCAUCACUAUCCACAAAGUGACGUUUGAAGAUGAAGCCUGCUACAAAUGUCUAUUUAAUGUGUUCCCUCAUGGCAGUCAGGAAGGACAAAUCUGCCUUACCAUUAUAACUAUAUCUGAAUUAAAAUCUGAACUCCAGUCCAAUAUUGGCUCUGAAGAUUUUCUUAGAUAUACUUACUCAGCUGUGGGAAAACCUGUUCCUCAAAUAUCUCUCUUUCCAUCACAAGUCUUAAUUAAUCCACCAAAAGAAUACCUUGCAUAGAACCCAGAUGGCCCGGUGACUAUCACUAAAAUGUACAACGUCUCCUUGGAGACUGUGAGAUCCCUAGGACUCCAACACCUGAUUGUGUACAUGGAUCAUCCUCUAAGGAAUGAAGAGAAGAUUGUCCCUUUGUCUUUCAAACAAGAAUGUGCUUCUGGCUCUUCCUAUAGGUGGCUGCUUACAGUUUUACUCGUAAUUUCUCUCUGUAUUAUAUUUAUCAUUCUUUGCUGGUGUAUUGUUCAGAGAAAGAAAAGAUGGAAAGGAAGAAAGAGAGAGAGAAACAUGGAUAUGAGAGGGAACAUCGAUCAACUGCCUUCUGCAUGUGCUGCAUUCAGGGAUCAAACCCACAACCUGUGCAUAUGCCUCCACCAGGAUUGAACAAAGGAUAUUUAAAUUCAUGAGAUGAUGCUAAACCAACUGAGCUACACCAUCCAGGGCUUGAAAUUAAGAUUUUAAUUAAAGAUUUUGAAAUUAA